AAUGGUCCCACGAUCACGCCUAACCCUCCACCUAUUCCUAUUGGACCGCCACCCCCAACGGGACCUGUUGUACCGCCACCUCCACCGCCUCCAUCAAGAUCAGCGGCACCAAUUUUGUUGUUUUCAUUCUUGCUUGGGGGAGGGGUGUUUGUUUUCCUGGCUCUAGUGGUCAUCAUAGCACUGAAACUACGCUGCCAGUGUGAAGAACGCAAAAAAAUCGACCAGGCAGUCUUGGCACACCGAAGAACUGGAGCAAUACUGAGUGAAGAUAAAGUGAAAGAAGAUGACUCUCAACAAGGCCAUGAUCUUCAUGCAACACGACUCAGAAAAGAAGAUCAUGUUGUUCAGGGGGAAGAUAUUCAUUUUCAUGCUCGUACGACUAGGACUACGAGCCACGAGGACGCCGAAAAACUUCUUGUAGAGGAUGACGAGGAUGAAACUGAAACAUGUUGUCCAGAAGUUCCACGACCCUCAGCGGCCACUACCUCCCGUCCCCAGCACCUAGAACAUCAAGUUGACCUUAUCCGUCCUCAACACCUAGAACAUCAAGUUGACCUUAUCCGUCCUGCAGCUCCCACCACCUGGUCGUAUCCUGGAACGACUGCGUCUACGAAUGUGAAGCCAUCCGCACCCUUCCUUUCAGCGACUACUACAGCUGGCGUCGGAAGAAAAGAUGUGGAACAACUAGAGCAGGGAAAUAACCUUCAAAACCAGGUGGGCCACAUGAUUGGUCGAGGCGGACAAGAGGGCGCUGAUGCCGGAAUUGUAUUUCCUCAGGUGAAAAAAUUAUAUGAAGAUAAAAAGGGCAUUCCUAAUACUGCAGCAGGAGAAUCUAUCGCAGGAAAUCUAAAUGCAGAUGAAGAACAGGCUGAUGUUGUAAGAGAACCAAAAAUCGUAGAUGACCCUUCUCCUAGAAUAUUAAAGCAGGAAGGAGUAGGGGAUGUUGAUCUUUGUCUUCCGCAACUACAUGUCCAGAUGGAUGACCUGCGUGGUCAGGAGGAGCACGACGCCCAUGUUGAUGCAGCGGGGGCAUGCGCAACUCCUAUCCGUAUAUUUGCUGCCAAAUCUCCACACGUUUUAUUUCCUUUUAGAACGUCGACAAUGACAAACAAUAUUCACAAUGUAGAAGUUGGAGAACAAGUAGUUGCUGGAGGAGCUCCUGUAGUACCGUCAGCACUUCCUCGUUUUGGAGCAGGACCUACCAGGAGACCGGAUCAAGAACGUGUUGAAGUUCCGACUCCUAGGGGUUCGCAUCUUUUAACUUUCAUGGAUGAGAACGCAGCUCGUGCUGCUGUUGGUGCACCAGGACCAAGAGGAACACGUACCAGACCACUAAAACUACGUGGUGCUGAUCAACACCGUGCUGAAGGUUGUACCUCAUCUUCUGGUUCUGCUAAUUAUGCCGAUGCGCUUAUGGCCCAGCAAGCCAUGAUGGGGCUUAAUUUUGAACUCUUUCAACAACAACAGUCCACGGAAAAUGACCACAUAGAACUAGAAGAGGCUGCACCAGGAGAAGAUCAAAGUCAAGAAAAUCGACAUUGUGCAACGGCUGGUCAAGAAAAUCGACAUUGUGCAACGGCUGGUCAAGAAACUCGACAUUGUGCAACGGCUGGUCAAGAAACUCGACAUUGUGCAACAACUGGUGGCAAAUUCGUAGCUUCUUCAAAAAGCAGUGAUGUAGUAUCAACUGCCGCUGGGGAGCUUUCAACCGCGGAGGGUGCUACUUCGACAAGCGACAAUCCCUCUCUCUUCUAAGCGAUGCUGGGCACUUCACCAAAUAGACCGACUACUUUCAGAAGGCAUCGAUCUACCUCUACACGCCACAUACUCAUACCCAGCUUUCUCAACUUUUCGAAUAUAUCUGCUGUGACACGGCCAAGAGAGCCCAGAUGAGUCCAUCACUGUUCUACUUAUAGGCCGUCGACUAAUAUGCCCGCGGGGCUUGGGCUCUAGCUUUUCUGCAGCGGUUGCCGUCGUGCUUAAUCGUUUGCGUAGUUUUAUGUGCCUGGCCGUCGUGCUUCAGGCUUCUCGCUGGGUAAUUAAGUGGAAUUACAGCGAGAAAUGUAGACCCAGGCAACACUAACAGUGAUAGAGCCACUAUCUUGAAAUGUAGACCCAUUAUCGCAAAACUAGAAAAAUAACAAAAAUUAGGGUGAAUGAAUGAAGGAGAAAAGAAAGACUACUAGAAUAUCAAUUUUGAUGUCUUCUAGUAGAAAAAACUUUGACUCGGCUCUGAAGAUCUCAUCUUGUUGUACAGUUCGUUUCAAGACAGUUGUUUUAUGCAUCUUCCUCUUUUAUCCUAGCCUAUCUGAUACUAUCCUCUUUUAUUUUAAAUUUUCUUAUGGAUUAAAAUGUUAUUUUCUUAUGCUUAUCCAUCGUUAUCUAUGGUCUGCCACUACCUGCUUAUCAUAUUUGAAACGAAAAAAAAUGAAAUUCAAAUUUGAAGGAACCUUUUCUAACCCGUCAAUUCGCACGACGUCUUUGCUACAUUAUGUUGAUGACCUUUUCGACGUGGCAGCUCGAGGAUGUAAUCCUACAACUUGACAAAAAUUAGAACAGUAUCUUACCCCAAGAUAUCCUCCCCGAAAACGUAGUCAAACAACCAGAACCAAGCAGCAAGUGCAGCAAGC